AUGGCGGCAGCACAGAGAGCUAUACCCUCACACCUAAGGGAAAGUGGGGCCACAAACGGGGAGGCAGGAGCUUUCAAGCGGAACCACCAUGGAAAGUCUCAAUCACACGUGGCUUUCGAGAAUACCUCCACAUCCGUUGCAGCUGGGCAAAUGCGAAAUGCCCUUAACGCUCUAGCUGAGACUUGCAAAGAUGAAGAAGAGAGGGAGCGCUUCGAGACAGAGAUGGACAACUUCUUUGGCCUCUUCCGACGCUAUCUGAAUGAUAAGGCCAAAGGGAACGCGCUGUCCUGGGACCGCAUCGCUCCUCCACAUCCAGAGCAAGUCGUCGACUACAACGAUCUUGCGAACUCCGAAUCCGUCGAAUUUCUUAAUAAGCUUGCGGUCAUCAAGCUCAAUGGUGGUCUCGGUACAUCCAUGGGAUGUGUUGGCCCGAAAUCUGUCAUCGAGGUCCGCGACGGCAUGUCCUUUUUGGAUCUGUCCGUCCGUCAGAUCGAAUAUCUCAACCGAACCUACAGUGUCAACGUGCCUUUCGUCUUGAUGAAUUCCUUCAAUACCGAUGAGGACACCCAGAACAUCAUUAAGAAAUACGAAGGCCAUAACAUCGACAUUAUGACCUUCAACCAAUCCCGAUACCCCCGUGUUCUUCGCGACUCGCUACUCCCAGCUCCCAAGAAAUACGACUCACAGAUCUCCGAUUGGUACCCUCCCGGACACGGAGAUGUAUUCGAAUCGCUCUACAACUCUGGUAUCCUCGAAAAGCUCAUCGACCGUGGCGUAGAGAUUGUCUUCCUGUCCAACGCAGACAACUUGGGCGCAGUCUGCGAUCUCCGCAUCCUACAGCAUAUGGUUCAGUCCGAGUCGGAAUACAUCAUGGAACUGACCGACAAGACCAAGGCUGAUGUGAAAGGUGGUACCAUCAUCGACUACGAAGGCUCAGUCCGUCUUUUGGAAAUUGCUCAGGUUCCCAAGCAAUACACGAACGAGUUCAAGUCGAUCAAAAAAUUCAAAUACUUCAACACCAACAACAUCUGGCUAAACCUGAAAGCCAUCAAGCGCGUAGUGGAAAACAAUGAGCUUGAAAUGGAGAUCAUCCCGAACAACAAGUCCAUUCCCGCUGAUAAGAAAGGAGAGGCGGAUGUCAAUAUUGUUCAACUGGAGACUGCCGUCGGUGCCGCCAUCCGCCACUUCAAGAACGCUCACGGUGUCAACGUGCCUCGUCGUCGUUUCCUGCCGGUCAAGACUUGCUCCGAUCUCAUGCUUGUCAAGUCAGAUCUCUACAGCCUGAAGCACGGCCAGCUCAUGAUUGACGAUAGCCGAUUCGGCCCAGCACCGUUGAUCAAGCUCGGUAAUGACUUCAAGAAGGUCAGCGACUUCCAGAAGCGCAUCAGCAGCAUCCCAAAGAUCUUAGAAUUGGACCACUUGACGAUCACAGGAGCUGUGAAUCUAGGCCGAGGUGUGGUGUUGAAGGGGACAGUCAUCAUUGUGGCCACGGAAGGCAGCACUAUUGACAUUCCUCCCGGAUCGAUCUUGGAAAACGUCGUCGUCCAGGGCAGUCUGAGGCUGUUGGAGCAUUGA